AUGAAGAAUGCAAAAGUGCGUGACCAGCUUGCGACGCAGGAGAACCUGAUUUGUUUUGAGAUGGAGGCAACUGGGGUGAUGUUGAACGUCCCUUGUCUUCCCAUUCGGGGGAUUUUCGACUAUGCGGAUGGGCAUAAGAACGAUGUCUGGCAGCCGUACGCAGCGCUAGCUGCAGCCGUAUGUGCCAAGGAGCUGUUGGCGACGAUGUCCGCCAAGCAUAUUCUGUACUCGCCGCUGGAGCUUGAUGGUCUGGAAUUGGAAAACUAUGUGACGGGUGCGAUCGCCAGCCCUUUCCGUCAUGGCGAUGAUUUACACCUCGUGCAGCAGAGACUGAAAGCGCUGAUGGAUCGACAUGAGCUCGUUGAAGAGAUAUUAGCCCCAGAGUUAGACAAACUGCAGGAUACGUCCCGUGUAGACCUGAGAGAAGUGAGGGACAAAGUGAAGGGCCUGGAGGGGUUGCUCGAUAUGUUGAAGAUCUCCCUGCGGGAUCUGAAUGAGCAAAUCGAAGAACACCUUAACUUCUUCCACCAGGAGAAAGAUUUUGUCACUCGAGAAGAGUGGCAGGAGCUCAAGAUGCAAGUGGAUCGAAACACCUCCAAGGUGGAAGAUUUGUCCAACGUCACCCAGGGGGCGCUGACCACCACGGAGAAGCUGUUGGGAGAUCUAAGCGGAAGAGGACCGCACCAAAAUGGAGAAAUCACCCGGCCGGCCGCAGACUCGAGCAGCGCUACAAAACGGCUGGUGGCCAAACUCAAGGGUACUCACGAUGCCUCCGAUCCGAGCACAUCACGACUCGCAUUCCGCUUCGGACGUGCCGAGUCGACUCACGCAUCAUCGGGAUCUCCUGCCGCGUACCAGGAUGCCGAGGAUCAGAUGGGAAGCCCCUGUUCUCGGUCCCCUACUUCGAACAACAGUCGCUCGGCCGCAUCGAGCCCUCCCCCAGAUCGAGCCCAAACAGAGCAUGUCUCUGCCUUUACACAUCGGAGCGACGCAUCGGCUGCAUCAACCAUUAGGCGUCCGAUCUUAUCUCGGAACGAUAUGGUUACCACUCCUCUCCACGAGAACAGCCCACCCUUGUUGGAAGCUCCCUGCCAACCAACGAACCCGCUCUCUCCGGAAAAUCGACAGUCAGAGCAAAAUUCCGACCAGAACAUCGAGAAGAAGGAUCCAUGUAAUCAAUCACUUAGUGAGAAGAUAUCCAAGUUUGGUGGUGGUGGUGGUGGUGGUGGCGGUUUCAUUCGUCCAAGCCGAGCUGUCAAAGAGAGGUAG